AUGGUUGAAGUCAAGAGCCGAGGCAGUCGCAACUCCAAAGACAUGGAUCCGGGAGAAAUAGAGCUACCCUCCAUUAAACCUGGUCUGAAGAGAGAAUAUAACAUGAUGAUGAAGGCUCAGGGGGAACUGAUUAGGCCUUCAAGAGAAGGCUGGAGAGUGACCAGGUCGCAAAGCGCCGGUGGUUCCAGACAAAGAAACGUAAAGAAUGGUGGUAAGAUCAAAUGGAAAGUAAAGGAGCCUGUUCCUAAGAAAUUGAAAAAAGAUAAUGAAGGACCAGAAGAGGAGGAUGUGGAUAAGUUGGAGAACAUUGAUGUCCCAGGUAGUAACAAAGGAAGGCCUAAGGAGGAUGUAGUACAUGUAUUGUCUGAUACAGGACAUAAAUCGGUAAAUGUGGAGCUGGAAUUCAUUGCUGUAGAUGAGUCCGAGACACAGAAACUGCAGCUCAAUUCUAGGGAAGAAGGGAACAGGAAGAUAUUGGAGAAUGGUGAGAAUUUGGCUAGUGACGAAGGGUCAAAGGGGGAUGUAGUGCAGGCACAGUCUAAUUUAGGAUAUGAUUCAAGAAGUUUAGAGGAAAAUUUAGACGAUGUGGGCAGAAGUGAGGCAAAGAAGAAAUUGGGAGCUGAUUCUAAGAAAGCUGUGGGCCCCCAACUCUUGUGCACAAAAUCACCAUUGUCUUUGGGUGGGGUUAGUGAUAUAGAUUUUACUCAUGAAGGCAAAAGAACAAAUGUAGGAGCUUCGGAUUUAGGACGUGAGGAAAUUGGAGAGGCUGCAAGCAGGAUGGGAGGGAAGCCACUGAGGAGGUACGCUCGGGCUCCGAAACAGGGACAUGAUGAGUCUUUUCUUGAGGCUCUAACGAGAGAGAGUAGAAGGAAAGUAAAUUCUACCGAUGGCUCUUGUAAACGCGAAAUAAAGAUGUCAAAGAAGGUUGAGCUGAAGAGGGUGCCUUUAAGGUUAAAGGAUCUUCUAGAAACUGGACUCUUGGAGGGUCUCCGCGUCAAAUACAUCCAUAUCUCGAAGAGGAGACAACCAGACACAGAACUUGAGGGUGUUAUUAAAGCAACAGGAAUAUUAUGCUCCUGUGGUGAAUGCAAGUGGAGAGAGGUAGUGACUCCUAAUGUGUUUGAGAUGCAUGCUAAAAGUGGGAAUAAGCGUCCACCAGAAUAUAUAUAUUUGGAAAAUGGGAAGAGUUUGAGAGAUGUUCUGGAUGCAUGCAAGACCAAUGAGUCAGAAUCGUUGGCAUUGGUGAUCCAGAACGCCAUUGGUCAUUUGGAUUUUACCACUGCUCUCUGUAUUAACUGCAAAGGUUUGAUACCUGAAGCUGGUGCUGGCAGACCAAUGCUUCUUUGUGAUUCUUGUGUUCUACCUAAGGAUUCUGAUCCCGGCCUCAAUCAGAGCAGUGAAGCCAGCCAUAAGUCCCCGUUGGCUGGGCCAUCACCACUGAUAUCCUCUGGUUGCCUGCCUGAAGUUCCCGGAAGUGCUCAAAUUUCUUCAAAUAAUCAACCUCAAAGGAAACGUCAAGGGAAACUGACGCGGAAGGAUUUGAGAAUGCACAAAUCUGUCUUAGCGGAAGAUCUGCUUCCUGAUGGUACUCCUUUGUCGUAUGUUAUGCAUGGAAAGAGAAGGCUGAAAGGUUAUAAGAAAGAUGGUUCUAUCUUCUGCACGUGCUGCAAUGGAUUGGUGAGCCCCUCACAGUUCGAGGCUCAUGCUGGAUUCCCUUCUCGUCGAAAGCCGUACAUGAGCAUAUACACUUUCAACGGAGUGUCUCUUCAUCAGCUAUCCCUUGAACUAUCCAAAAAUGGUAAACCGUCUUCAGAGGAAAAUGAUGAUCUCUGUUCUAUUUGUGAGGAUGGAGGGAAUCUGUUAUGCUGUAACAAAUGUCCGCGUGCUUUUCACCCUGUAUGUGUUGGCCUGUCAAGCCUCCCAGAAGGAACAUGGUACUGUAAAUAUUGUAAAAACAUGUUUGAAAGGGAAAAGUUCGCUGAGCGGAAUGCCAAUGCCAUCGCAGCUGGCAGAGUGCCUGGAGCCGACGCUCUUGCAGAAAUAACUCAACGAUGUAUUCGCAUAGUGCCAACAUUUGAAGCAGACAUAGGUGGAUGUGCCAUAUGCAGGGGCCACGACUUUAGCAAUUCAGAGUUUAGUGACCGCACAGUUAUUAUCUGUGAUCAGUGCGAGAAAGAACAUCAUAUCAGCUGCCUGAAGGAGCAGGGGAUAGCUAACUUGGAAGAGUUGCCGGAAGGUGAGUGGUUUUGUUCUGAACGGUGCAUCACUAUCCACGUGGCCCUUCAGAAAUUUAUUGGUGCUGGGGAGCAGAGUCUUCCGGAAGAUCUUAUAAAUAUUUUGAGAGGGAAAAUUUACGCCCAAAGUUCUGCACAAGAUAUUAACCCCCAAGGUCCACCACCACAAGAUAUCGGCACCCAAGGUCUGCCACAAGAUAUCGAUGCCCAACAAGAUCCUGGGCCUGCGAUCCGGUGGAGGCUGCUGAAUGGGAAAAAAGCUUCUGAGGACGCAAGAGUGUGGCUCUCUGGUGCUGUUUCUAUAUUCCAUGACCGGUUUGAUCCUAUUGCUGAUUCAAGCACUGGAUGCCUUGACCUCAUCCCCCACAUGGUUUACGGGAGGGCUUUCAAGGACCAGGAUUUCUGUGGCAUGUAUUGUGCCACGUUGUUUGUUGGCUCGGUUGUGGUAUCUGCUGGGAUUGUCCGUAUAUUUGGUGAGGAAGUUGCAGAGCUUCCUCUUGUGGCAACAAAGACCGAGUGUCAAGGAAAGGGUUAUUUUCAAUCUCUAUAUUUCUGCAUCGAGAGGCUUUUGGCAUCGCUCGGUGUGAAAGAUUUGGUGCUCGCUGCUGCUGAAGAGGCAGAAUCUUUGUGGAAGAACAGAUUUGGGUUUGAAAAACUCGGCGAAGAAGAGUUGGAAGAGUACCAGAAGAAGUACCAAAUGAUGAUAUUCCAGGGAACAUCUGUUCUUCAUAAGGCGAUCACAAAUGCGUGA